GCACCAGCAUAAGAAACCGGAUAUUGGAAUGCACCACCAAAUAACACUCUCCUAAAUAACAGUGAUAAUGUCUAUUUGCUGCAGAGCGUGUCUGAAUGAAUGAAUUUAUUCCGUUAUAUAUAAAUAUUGUUUUUAAAAAUAUAUAUAGAGGAGUUAUUUCUUAUAUCUGUCUUAAUUAAUUUAAAUCGCCGUUGAAUAGGCUGGUAACUUAACCUGUUCCGUUGGCAUGGACACAAGUAUAAACUAGGAAAUAUGGCCAGUUUUGUGAGGCUACAAGAUCAGUUUCUGCAAAUAAAAGAAGAGUUUUUUAGGAGAAACAGGAUUGCUGAGGACUACCGAUAUAAAGAGAACCUUGCAGCUAUCCAGAUACAGAGCUGGUUCAGGGGUUGCCAGGUGCGGGUUUAUUUAAGACAACUCCACAGAAAUGCAACCAUUAUCCAGAAGGUGUGGCAAGGAUACACAGCAAGGGCCUGCUUCAGACAAAUGGUAAAGACAGCAUAUUUUAUGAUGAAGAUGCAUUUCUACAAUGAGAUGGCUGUCAGGAUACAACAAAGAUGGAGGGGAUACUAUGUCCGGAAGUAUAUACAUAAUUACCAUGCGAGACAGCAGUAUUUGGAAGGACUGGCAAGAAAAAAUGAACAAAUUAGGAGAGAUCUGGAGGAGUUUGGGGAGCUGCAGAGGCGGGCGAUGGAGCACUCAAAUAUAGAGAGAGAUGAGCGGGAAAAGCAGGACCAGGCCCAGAGGAUGCACUACCUCCUCAGCACUCACCAGUGUCCUGGUGUGUUCAACUCCCCAUUCAGAGGACAUCCUCAUGAGAUGGAGUUGAGAAUGAGGUGCAUUAGGCCUCUGCUCAUCAAGGCUGUGCCCCGAAAAAAGCCAAUCAAUGGGGACCAUAACCAAUCCAUCCCUGAGGCCUCCCUGGAUCUCUGUGCCUCGCAGCCUCUACCUCCUAUUCCCAGCAAGAAGCCACAGGGACCUUUCCGCAAGGCCACCGAGGUGAAUCAGCAGCGAUACCGGCCCCUGGAGCCGACUCUACGCGUGGCCACAUCCAUCACUGCGCUGGAGGAGGUCAGGAAGGACCUGUUCUGUCAGGAGUGGACGGGUCACAUCUCAGCCCAGCCAUUCCAACUUUUCUCCAAUGCAGACAAGAACAGGAAGUAUGAGGGAAUGAUCCACACCGGCACCUUAUAUGGAAAAUUGGAUUAUGGUAGCAAGCACUUCAGAGAAACAAACAUGGAAAUACUCCAGGGAAAAGUACCAUUCAAAACUGUCUUCACAACAUCUCAUGUCUUUGACAAAUUUGGACGUCUCUAUUCCAAUGCUGGUAAAAUAGUGUCAGUGAGGUUUUAAAGCAGACACAUCUAUAUUCUACUGUAUGCAGAAUUGUUCAUGUUGUGUUAUUGUACUUAAUUUAUUUGAAUUGUGGUAAGCAAUUUGUAAUAAAUAAGGCUUUAAUUUGUCUAAUGCAAGGCA